AUGCCGAAGUUUGUUCCUCGACAAAGAAAGCAGAAGCAUCGGCAGCAGGCCGCGAAUGCCGCAGUCGACACCAAUGCGGCGGAGAUCCAGCCUCUUUCCAAGAGUGAGAGGGAAGCCAGGAAGGAGAAAUUGCGGGAAGAACUGAGGGCACAACAUACGAAAAUAUCUGCAAAGAAGCAGAAGCGCUUAGACAAAUAUAUUGAAAAUAAACUCAAGAAAGAAGAGAACACUGCGCUGCUCAAGAAACUUGCGCAGUCAAAAGUUGAAGUUACCGGUCUACAGAGCUCUAAGGAGCUCGGGAAGCGCAAGAGAGAGGAUGAUGAGGCCCCGCGACUCACGGCUGACGCCGCCGAAGAGCGCAAUGCGCCAGAGUAUUCUAGCGAUGAAACAGACGAUGAUCUAUCUGGAUUAAAAUCGGACGCUACUGGGAAAGGGCAGCAGGAGCAGAAAGCAUCGACCCUGAUGAACGGUAUUGGGUUAAAACGUCCUCUUGAACUUGGUCCGGAUGGCUUCCCGAUUCUCAAAAAGCGAAAGCGUGCACCGAAGGCAGCACCGAAAGCUCCAUUAAAUGAGAUACCAUGGGAGGGUUUCGAUUCCGACGACGAGGAUAAGGAAGAAGAGAUCGGACCUGGUAUCGACGCAAAAAGCGAAGAAGAGGGCACGGGCUCCGAUGAUUCUUCUGAAUCAGAGAGUGAAGUUGACGACAACGGCGAUAGUGGUAGUGAUGAAGAUGAAGACAGAAAAGAUGAGGAGGAUGAAGACGAAGACGAAGACGAAGACGUAGAUGAUGAUGAGGACGAGGAUGAAGACGACGAGAAAGAGGAUGAUGAUGACGAAGACGAAGACGAAAAUAACACUGAUGGACGAAUUAAGCCCCGACAAUCAGCCUUCAAAUCAUGGGCCAGACAACAAAUCAAUGAAGUUGUAGGCUUUAAGCCCACAUCCGGUCCAAUAACGACUGAGCCACAAGUCAUCCCCAAAUCCGCACUUCCAGUCAGAGCUGUGGAGGAAGAGCCACUACCUCUAGAACUCCAAGUCACAAAGGGCAACCCGUACCGGAAAGCCUUCAGUGUUCAAGUCGACCGUCCCGAACAUAUUCAAGAAGCCCGUCUCAAACUCCCCGUUGUUGGCGAAGAGCAAAAGAUCAUGGAAGCAAUCCAUAACAACUCUGCCAUCGUGAUAUGGGGAGCCACAGGAAGCGGUAAAACAACACAGCUUCCGCAAUUUCUGUUUGAGUCUGGCUAUGGGAAUCCUGAGAGCGGGAAUCCUGGUAUGAUUGGAGUCACUCAACCCCGUCGAGUUGCUGCAGUUAGUAUGGCAAAGCGAGUGGGUGAUGAACUAGGCCAGUUUUCCUCACAAGUCUCUUAUCAGAUUCGCUUUGAGAGCACUGCAAGCAGCAAGACAGCCAUCAAGUUCAUGACGGAUGGUAUUCUUAUUCGCGAAAUCGCUGAAGAUUUUUCCCUGAGCAAGUACUCCAUCAUCGUUAUUGAUGAAGCCCACGAGCGCAGCGUCAACACAGACAUCCUAAUAGGUAUGGUAAGCCGCAUCGUCGACCUGCGCAAAACCAUGAGCGAAGAAGACCCAUCAGUCAAACCUCUGAAACUGGUAAUCAUGUCUGCAACUUUACGCAUCUCCGACUUCACACAGAACGCUAGUCUCUUCCGCCAAGGCCCGCCACCUCUUGUCCAGGCUGAGGGACGCCAGUAUCCUGUCACCAUCCACUUCUCCCGACGUACGCAUCGUGAUUAUGUCGAAGAGGCCUUUAGGAAGGUCUCAAGAGGGCACCGUAAACUCCCCCCAGGAGCAAUUCUUGUGUUCCUGACCGGCCAAAAUGAGAUUAGACAGCUCUCCAAGCGGUUGAAGCAGGCCUUCAAGCCAACGCAACGAGGGGAGGUGACUAACGCCAAAGUGCAAAUUUCGGCAAACGAAGCACCACUAGAGGCAGAGGACCUUGAAAUCGGCGAAGCCGACAUCACAAAUACCGCCAAUACCAACGCCUACGGAUACGACGACGACGACAGCGACCUGGAGAUCACAGGUCUCGAUGACCCCGAGGAAGACGAAGAAUUCAACGUUGGCGAAGAGGGUGAGGAAGCCAUGGAUUCAUCCACAAAGGUACACGUAUUGCCUCUCUACUCACAACUCCCCACCAAGGAACAACUCCGCGUGUUCGAACCGCCACCUGAAGGUUCCCGCCUUAUCGUGCUAGCAACCAACGUUGCUGAAACCUCUCUUACGAUUCCAGGCAUCCGGUAUGUUUUCGACUGCGGCCGUGCAAAGGAGAAACAGUAUGAUCUGGAGACAGGGGUACAGAAAUUUCAGAUCAACUGGAUCAGCAAGGCCAGUGCAAACCAGCGUGCCGGUCGUGCCGGUCGAACUGGGCCUGGCCACUGCUACAGACUGUAUUCGUCUGCUAUAUAUGAGGGCGAGUUUGCAGAAUACACAGAUCCGGAAAUCUUGCGGACGCCCAUCGAGGGGGUUGUCCUGCAGAUGAAGAGCAUGGGUCUCCACAAUGUUAUUAACUUCCCUUUUCCUACACCACCCAGCCGUCAGGGUCUAGCAAAAGCCGAGAAACUUUUGAAGAAUCUAGGCGCUCUCACAGCCGAUGGCAAGAUCACACCUGUCGGGAACAGCCUCUCCACAUACCCUCUCUCACCCCGAUUCGGCAAAAUGGUCUACGUUGGCCACCAACACGGCUGUAUGCCCUACGUCAUUGCCCUUGUCGCCGCUCUAGCAGUGGGAGACCUCUUCGUACCGGAGAAUCAAAUCGAUCCCCAUCCAGGCAAGGAAGACAAUGAAGAUAAUGGCGUUUAUAAGAACUCAGACCGUCUUGAAGAUACAGCACGCACUCAAGGAGGCUACGCAGCUUAG